AUGACCGCAGGAUGGAGCCUCAUCAAGGAGACAUUCCGAGAUUUCUUCAAGGAGCGGAUGGACGGUCGAGUGCAUGUGCCCGAGCAACUCGUUCGGAAAUGGCGAGACGAGUGCAUAGCUCAAGGCAUUCGGGCGACUACACAUGACACUCUUAUAGCUUGGAUAGCACGGAUAGUGUUAUCAACUUCCCCGGCGCCGAAGUGGCGGCCAUUCAACGUUGUUAUCCCGAUCGGGUUUCCCACAUUGCUCGACGAUACAGCCCAUGAGAACGUACUAGAGAAUAGCUUCAUACUAUCUUCCCUGACUUUGAACCCAGAGGAAGGAAACCUCUCGAUUGCAAGCAUCGCCAAGCAAAUCCGCACGAUGAUCGAUGCUUCCAGGCAGAUCGACAAUCUGCAGUCCGCCAUUGAAAAACAGGCCAGAAACCGCUUCUCUCUAACAUACCCCUUGACCAAGGAAGUAGGUUCUCCAGAUCCGUGGCUGUUAUUGUCUUCCUGGGAUGCGAUCGCACCCGAUGAGGUCGCGGCAGCAGCCUUCACAGCACCUGGCAAGACUCCGUUCAUCUCAUGUGACGAGCUGAAGAUUUUUCCGAUGUGCGAUCUCACAAUCCCAAAUCUGAAGAACACCCUAUGCUCUUUCAAGUGUCCGUGCGGUGGGUACUGGCUCCUCGGGCCCCUUCUGACCCACGCAUGGGAUGCCGCCCAUGCAGCCGUUGCUGCCGAGAUGUCUGGGAUUUCGAAUGUGGAUGCUGGUUCUCGUCUUGUCAAGUGCGAACAUGGGAAACACAAGACUGUCAUCAAAAGUCUGCUUUGA